AUGGCCAGCCAGUCUCAAGGGAUCCACCAACUCCUUCAGGCAGAAAAACGGGCCAAAGACAAGCUAGAAGAAGCCAAAAAGAAAAACCAUGACUCCCCCUACUUUUCAGGAAAAGUAAAGCGACUCAAGCAAGCUAAGGAAGAAGCCAUGGCAGAAAUUGAUCAGUACAGAAUGGAAAAAGAUAAGGAGUUUCGACUGAAACAGUCGAAGAUAAUGGGCUCUCAGAGCAAUCUCUCGGAAGAAAUAGAGGAGCAAACACGAGGGAAGAUCAAGGAACUGAACGGAAGCUACAACAAGUACAUGGAAGAGGUGAUGAAACAGCUCCUGAACAUCGUCUGUGAUGUGAAGCCAGAAAUCCACCUGAACUACAGAGCUGCUGACUGA